AUGGAUCGCAAGGCUGAGGAGAAGAGAAAGCAGCGCCAUAGCUUGACUUUACUGGAGCAAGUAAAGACAAUGAAAGAAUCGACGCAGAUAAUCGACGUGGUGCUGGUUGCAGAAGGGGAGAAAUUCCCCUGCCAUAAGGUGGUGCUGGCUGCCUUCAGUGCCUAUUUCAGAGCCAUGUUCACGUGUGGCUUGGCAGAGUGUGUUCAGAGGGAAGUGGUGCUGCACGACAUCUCUGCCGAGGGCGUGGCCGUGCUCCUGCACUACAUGUACAGCUCAGAGCUGCGCCUCACCAGCCACAACGUGCAGAACGUGGCUCUCACUGCCUACUUCAUGCAGAUGGAAGAGGUUUGCAGCAUGUGUCGCAAGUACAUGAUGGACCGUAUGGACGCUUCCAACUGUGUGGGAAUCUACUACUUUGCAAACCACAUUGGGGCAGAAGAUUUAUGUGACCAAGCGAGGAAAUACAUGUAUCAGCAUUUUGCUGAGGUGAGCCUGCAGGAAGAAAUACUAGAGAUUGAAUUCCAGCAGCUGAUGGCUCUCAUCAAAUCAGAUGAUCUGAAUAUCUCCAGGGAGGAGAGCAUUCUGGACCUUGUCAUUAGAUGGGUCAAGCACAGCAGAGAGUCACGUUCAGAACACCUUGUUGAGCUCCUCAAGCAAGUGAGACUGGUACUUAUCAGCCCCUCUUUUCUUGUGGAAGCCCGGAAAAGGAACACAAUUAUUCUGUGCAAUUCAGAAUGCAGUGAUAUGUUCGAGGAAGCACUGAAGACCAUCCAGCUGUCCAGCCACCCUUCCCUCAGCCUGCGAUACGGCAUGGAGACUACGGACCUCCUGCUCUGCAUCGGCAACAACUCCCUCGGCAUCAGGUCCAGGCAUGGCAGCUAUGCAGAUGCCAGCUUUUGUUACGCUCCUGCAACACGAAAGACUUACUUCAUUUCCUCCCCGAAGUAUGGAGAGGGCUUAGGAUGUGUUUGCACUGGUGUUGUCACUGAGAAAAAUGACAUCAUUGUGGCAGGCGAGGCAAGUGCCGUCAAAAUGUCUAGACAAAGGACCAGGAACAUUGAAAUUUAUAGAUACCACCAGCGAGGGAACCACUUUUGGCACAGCCUGUGCAGCACUCAGCUCCGUGAGCUCUACGCACUGGGCACUGCCCACAACGAUCUCUACGUAAUAGGAGGGCAAAUGAAAGUGAAAAAUCAGUAUCUGGUCACAAACUGUGUGGAGAAGUAUUCCAUGGAGCAAGGCACCUGGAGAAGCACGGCUCCUCUGCCACUACCAUUGGCCUGCCAUGCAGUGGUGACAGUGAAGGACAAGCUGUACGUGCUGGGUGGAUGGACACCACAGAUGGAUCUGCCUGACGAGGAGCCGGAUCGAUUAAGUAACAGAACGUUUCGGUACGACCCAGGCCAAGACAAAUGGACGGAGAGAGCUCCAAUGAAGUUCUCCAAGUACCGCUUCAGCACAGCUGUAGUCAACGGGGAGAUUUAUGUCUUGGGAGGAAUUGGAUGCCUUGGUUAUGACAGAGGACAGACACGGAAAUGUCUUGAUGCAGUGGAGAUUUAUAACCCUGAUGGAGACUUUUGGAGGGAUGGACCCCCUAUGCCUUCUCCCCUCCUCUCCUUACGGACAAACUCUACCAGCGCAGGCUGCGUGGAAGGGAAGCUGUACCUCUGUGGAGGAUUUCAUGGAGCAGCUCGUCAUGAAGUUAUCACCAAAGAGAUCCUUGAGCUGGAUCCGUGGGAGAACCAGUGGAACGUGGUGGCCACCGACGUCCUCAUGCACGACAAUUAUGAUGUUUGCCUUGUUGCUCGGCUCAACCCACGGGAUCUUAUCCCUCCUCCUCCAGAUUUAGUGGACCAAUAG